AUGUCGUUUUCCAGGAACUGCCGCACUGCCCGCGUGCAGGUCCGCAGCUUCUCGAUAUCCUCUAAUCUACGUGUCGGACCCGAGUCUCCUAACUACCUCGAUGUACCGAAGACAUUGCAGCCCGACCUGCCUCCCAAACCCCAAGUGAAGGGCACUCUACCUGUCCCUCGUGAGAUUUUCCCUCGUCGCCGUGCCGAUAAACCAACCUGGGCGUACAUUUCGGCAGCCACCCCCGAGCCAACCAAGGAGAGGAUGAUCAGAAAGGGCGAUCCGAAUGCAGAGAUCAUUCAAUGGAAACAGAAAAUGGCAGAGUCUCGAAGGGCCAAUCUCAGAGAUGGUCUGCGUGAAUUGUAUCAGAGGAAACAGGCCACCGACGAUCUCAUGAUGAGGCGCAGUGCCGCGAAGCAAGCGCGAAGAGAACGUGUAUUUAAACAGCCACCGAGAGAUGAUGAGCGCUUGACACGACCAACAACGGUGGCGGCUAUGAAACCCACACAAAGCGCUAUCCUUCCUGACCCCGACCGAGAAGCACGUCUUGCGCUCUCCCGAGAGCGUGUGCUCACGAAACAACUAGAGAAAUCCGCAAUCCGCCAAACUGACCUACACACUCUUUACAUGAACGCCCGGAAUUUCAUUACCACCGAGUCUCAACUUGAACAAGAGAUCGAAGCAAAGUUCCGCGAGGACGGUGGCGAUGAAUGGAAUACCGACAGUGGCUAUGGGGUUAAUGUUUGGGCCAAGGGAGCCCCUCCAACUAUCCAGGAUACUGUGAAGAUCCAAACAAAGGAUGAGAAUGGAAGAUGGAAGUUUGAACAAGAAAGAAUGCGCAAAGUGGUCGAGACAAUUACUGGUGGAAAGAUGUGA